GGUGGGCAAAGGGCUACCGCAGAAGGUCACUUAGCAUGGCAAGGCGCCAGCAAGGCUGGUGGCUUGCUGUCGCGGCUGCAGUGUGCACAUUAGCAGUGCCGUGCAGGCUGAGUGUCACCUCCGUACAAGGAUCGGAGCCGACUGACAAUGAGCAGGCUGAAAUGGGUGCGAUGGACCAGCUCCUAGGCUCUGUGGAAGCUUCCUUGCAACCCCUCAGGGAAGAGGUGGCAUCUGGCCACAUCAUCCCCAAGUUUGGCGAGCGAGCCCAGUCUGUCGUUAGUAGCGCUGUACAGAAGGCUGGCAGUGCUGGUGCAGAGGUGGAGAACGUCGUUGACGCAAUGCUGCAAGAACUGUUCCUUCAGCAGUUGGUUCUCCUGCGACAGCAAACAGCUGCCAAGUUUGGCAAAGCUUCCCGCCCUGUAGAAGCUGUCACGCAGGCAGACCAGCAAUUUGUCACUCAGGCUGAGGAACUCAAGAGGCCUGGUAGUACGUGGAGCUAUGAAGUGGACCGCUACGCUUUGCGGGCAGUCCUUGAAGGUAGCUUCCGACGGGAGGCGGCCUAUGCCGAUGAACAUCGGAUUGCAGCACGAUCGCAGCAGUCCACCGUGGAGAUUAUAAGCAGGCUACAAGGUCAGAUGGAGAACCUCCAAAUGCGACUACAGCAUAUGCGUGCUGGUCAGCCCUGGUUUAUCUCCAGCUCCUACAGGAUCCCCGGCACGCCUCUGACAAUGAUUGGCCGCUUUCAGCAGGGCCGUGCCAGCAUCGAGCUGAACCUGGCGGCAGACAGGGAUCCUGUCACCGCAGAGGCUGGUUUUGUCAGGGGUGUUGGACCUGCAAACCUGGGCGUGAGUGCCAAUUUUGGCUUUUGAGGGCAUGCGCGCCGGCAUCAGCUCUACUACCCCGAUGUCAAUUUGACCAACAUGAUUUGAGUGUACUGUAUUUGUUUAGGGCAACAAAUGAGAACAGUUUGAUGGUCGUCCUCCUUGCCCGCUUUCUUUAUCCCGUUUCUAAGGCGGCCAGUUUCAGUCCUGCAAAACCGUGAUUUGCGGCUAUGCCACAGGAAUGAUUCGAUCCUAUUUUGGAAAGAGGCCUUUGUUCUAUCCAUUAUACACGCAAAAAUGGCUGGUUUAGCAUUUUGAGGAGGGCUGUGUUCUGUUUUGUUGCUUGCGGUGAUGAAACACAUGGAAGGUGUAGACGAAAGGUGUUUUGCUUUAAGUCCGCAACAGGAUUCAUGUCACUGUGCCCACAAGUUGUUCUUGUUGCCUUUGUAUCUACCCUGUGUGUGGCACAAGUUAUGCAAGGUGACCCACAAAUGAGCACGUAAUGUGGCAAAGGUAGUGCGGAUGAUGCUAUUUUAGUUCUUUGUACUUAUUGGCAUUCGUUUAUUUUUUUACCUCCCGCUUUCAGUCCGUGGAAAGAGAAAAUCCGA